AUGGAGAGGGAUAAGUUCCUGCAGAUUGGCUAUUACCUAGCAAGCUGUUCGAUGAUUAUGGACAUGUUCACAGAAAACCAGAUAAAGCCGAACGCCUACGAAAUCGUUACUUAUGAAUGGAGCAAUCUUGUCAGUGCCAUGUACAAGAGUAAAUUCAUUUUCCGUGGACCUGACCAUGAGGAUACUCUGUAAGUAUAUGACUUUUUUGAGUUAUAGUGGCGGACAUGAUCUAGUAUCAAAAAACGUACCAUUUUGCAUUCGGGAAGUAUCAAAAAAUGUGGCAAAAUACCUCCCUCUCUAAAUGAAAAAACUCCGAUUUCAAAAGCCUUCAAAACGAAGUUUUUUCACUUGGAGAGGGAAGCAUUUUGCCACAUUUUUGAUACUUCCCGGAUGCAAAAUGGUAUGUUUUUUUGCCACUGGAUCAGGUCCCAUUGUAUCUGAUUUUUUGAGUUAUUAGGGUGAUGAUGUCAAUAUUACAGGUUCGAUAAAGUGAGAGUCCAGGCCGAUUUUGGAGCUGACGGUAUACCCACUUAUCUACGAGUAUUUGAAGACAACAAUGGCCAACAGUUUAUGCAACUGUCCUACCAAGGACGACGGUAAGCGCAUGCCUUCUUUUUACCAAAGUUUAGCGGCAAAGACUGCGUGAAGUUUCUGAAUUCCUCACAUACGCUUUGCUACAACUCAGGAACGUCUUACAUGACGUCGAAAGACAACUUUAUGUUUGUUCCGAGUGACGUCACUGCUCUCCUGGAGUUCGGGGAUGUGUCACAGCCGCUGAGUCUUAAUGAAGUAUAUAGAGGCAUAACAACGGCACAUGAAGUGCGCGUGGGAGUCGAGGUGGUCGGCCAGAACAUAUACUUUUACAGAGAUGAUGGGGACAGAAAGGAGUGCAAGCAGCUGUCGUAUGCACUGGGAUCACUCAAAAAGUAUCGAUUACAAGAGUGUAAACUACCGCACACAAUCGACAUUGUUGAAGGCAAAUCAACGAUGGUUUCACUGGUAGUUUCGAUAUUAUUUUAUUCAUCCAAGACUCUAGGCCUUUCUGAAAGCAAUAGAAUACAUGGACGCAGCAAAACAAGACGAUAAAUGUGUCCUGCCAAUCACACAAGCAUCCAUCCUUCAGAAUACCUAUGUCAGAUUCCUCUAUAAAGAUCCUCAAAAGGAGCAGGGACCAACCGACGAUAUGACGAUUUACAUUAUUGCCGGGGUCGCAGCCGCGAUUUUCGUUGUGAUUUCCAUUAUUGGCAUCAUCGUAUGUAUCAUUAUCUACAGGAAAAAGCAAAAGGUAAACAAGUCACACUCCGAGCAAUUAAUCCAUUUUUCGGAAUGAAGUUUGUACCCCGGGACAAAAGUUUAGACGGGGUCGACUUUCUUUGAGUUAUGUUAUACAGCGGGGGACCUAAUCCAGUGGAAAAAACGUACCAUUUUGCAUUCGGGAAGUAUCAAAAAUGUGGUAAAAUGUUUCCCCCUCCAAGUGAAAAAACUUCGUUUUGAAGGGCGCGCCUUUUCCCUCACGAAAAGAGCGGGCGCGCUUUUGAAAUCGGAGUUUUUUCCCUCGGGGAAUGAUGCAUUUUGCCACAUUUUUGAUACUUCCCGGAUAAAAAAUGGUACGUUUUUUGCCACUGGAUCAGGUCCCUCUGUACGUAGUAUAUACCUUUAUACAAAGUAUAUUAUACCUUCCUUUUCAGGCCAAAUUUCCAGCUCUACCUCCCGAUGAAGAGUUCGAGGCAUAUGUCGCUAAAAUGCAAGGCAACCAGGAAGACAAGUCCGUUUCAAAAACGGAAGAGAAAUCAAACAUCAAAUCAAUGGUUGAGAAGGACAACAAUAAAGGAAAGGCACAGGAGAAGGACAAGAAGAAAUCCACCUCCGAAUAUAAGCAAGCGGAUGCAAAUCAAAACGAUUUUGGAGAAGUAUCCGUCGAAGUCGAGGAGAAGGAAAAGAAGGAGUCGAAUACGAAGAAGAAAGAUAUCGAGAAACCCACAGUAAGUUCUGAGCUGUCAUAUCUGGACAAGUAAUUCUGACGUUGUAUUCCGUUCGUAAAGUCGCUGGAGUGAUUUUUGGUGUUUGCAAUCGCCGAAAUCACUCCAGCGACUUUGCGAAGGGACAGCGGGGGACCUGAUCCAGUGGCAAAAAACGUACCAAUCUGCGUCCGGGAAGUAUCAAAAAUGUGGCAAAAUGCUUCGCUCUCCUAGUGAAAAAAAACUCCGAUUUCAAAAACGCGCCCGCUCUUUUUGUGAGGGAAAGGGCGCGACCUUCAAAACGAAGUUUUUUCACUUGAAGGGGGAUGCAUUUCGCCACAUUUUUGACACUUCCCGGAUGCAAAAUGGUAUGUUUUUUGCCACUGGAUCAGGUCCUUCACUGUGGUAAUGGGCCACUUUCAGGAAAUCUUAUCGAAACAAACGCCGAAGAAGUCAAAGGAGUCCAAGAAGCUAUCCAAAAAGAAGGCAAAGAAAACGCCUCCGGGUAUUAACGGGGAAAGUGUGGUCGACAAGAAAAGUAGGUUUUUAGAGAAAUAUUAGAACAACUACGUAACUAACGGCCUUUGAAUUUCAGAUCGCGACCGCAUCGAAAGCGAAACAUCUUUCACGAGCGGUAAGCAGUUUUCAUUUACAGUAGGGGACCUGAUCCAGUGGCAAAAAACGUACCAUUUUGCAUCCGGGAAGUAUCACAAAAGGUAGCAAAAUACCUCCCUCUCCAAGUGAAAAAACUCCGUUUUGAAGGGCGCGCCCUUUUUCCCCACAAAAAAAACGUGCGCGCUUUUGAAAUCGGAGUUUUUUCACUUGGAGAGGGAGGUAUUUUGCCACAUUUUUGAUACUUCCUGGAUGCAAAAUAGUACGUUUUUUGUCACUGGGGCAGGUCCCCCAUUCUAAGAGUAAUGUUUCUAGUCUCUGACACGUUUGCGAAUAAGAAAAAGCCUUCAACUGGGAAGCCUGAAAAGCGUCCCUCAGCCAAGCCGAUGAAAUCCGAAAAAUACGAAGAUGGGCAUGAUACCGUUCUUCAUGUCGGAGCCAGAACCGAAGUCAAAAAAGGAAAGGGGAAACCGUCACCUCUGAAAGACUACGAUAGAGGUAUCAGACUUGAGAUAACUUUUGAGUUAUCUUGUGUGCUAAUAAUUGUUGUUUUUAGGUCGAGAAAACUUCAAACGCUUGAUGAAAGAGGUCGAACGAGCUGACCAAUCCGAUAAAAACGACGAAAGUAUCAAUUCUGAGGACAAGUCUCGUGCAUAA